AUGGAUGUUUCUACCAGUGAUUCAUAUGCUGAUGAAAAUUCAAAUAAUUUUGAUGAAGCACCAAAAUCACGUUACUAUCAUAGUUACUUUAAUAAACCAAUUACUUCAAAGCAACAUGAAGUAUUUAUUUGUAAUCAUUGUAAUAAAAAAUAUUCAUCAAAAGGUAGCCUGAAUUGGCAUAUGAAAAUACAUUCAAAUGAAUUUUUAAAUUGUAAGCUAUGUGAUUAUAAAACUCCUUACAAAGCUACAUUUCAAGAUCAUAUGGCAUCUGUACAUAAAACAACUCGUGAUGUCAAAUGCGAUCAUUGUUUGAAAAAAUUUAAAAAUGAUAGAAGUAUGCGUAAACACAUAAGACAAUUUCAUCCAAAUGAUUGA